GACAUCACAAUAUGUGACGUCAUAAACAUAGUCUUGUUGGAUACAGUACACAAUGGAAAUCGAUACAUAAUGUAAGACAAAAUAGUAAAGAACCGUGACUUUAAGGCUUGACAAAUGGAUAAAAUGGAUAAUAUUGUUCCAGACGGAUUUACCAGCACGCACAGUCGGAAAUCCAAAAAAUGUCAAAGUUAUGCCAUCCAAGUUCAGCUGGUUAAAGAGCAUAAGCUGAUCGACAAGGGAGAGAAUGUGUGCACCCGUGAAAUGGGAAAGGACCAAGAGAGGAUGAGAAAGUGCUUAGAAAAACUCGAACACGACAAGAAAAAAAUCUACAAAGAACACGAUUCCCACAGAGGUCAACCUCCAAUAUCCAGCCUGGAUGAAAGAGCACACAGCCGUAGCAGCAGUCGCCCUCUCAGUGGAUAUGAGGUCAAAGUUCAAUCGCGCAGUCGCCGUCAGUUACAGGAAGCUGGGGCCACCUCUCUGGACCUCAAACGUACCUCGUCACGGAGGUCAACUGACCAGGCCAAGAUAUCGGAUCACAGCCAUGAGCACCAUCACCACGGACGACAGCGCAGCAAUUCUCUGUCCCUACCCGGCCCCAUGAGGAAAUUGUCCAUUUCUCAUAAAAGUUCAACCAGCUCUGACAUCGAUAAACCCCUGCCUAUCGGUCAGAUCCCAUCGAUCGUCCUAACCGAAGAGGAUUGUAAGAAAUCUAGCGUCCUUUAUCUCCCUCCUAAUGCAAAACAAAACGUGGAUCCCUUAAAUACCAAACAAGGAAUAAAGAAUGAGAGCGCAAAUAAAGAAAAUUCUGCACCAUCUGGUCAAGAGCAUCCAUCUAAACAGGGAUUCCGCGAACAUAACCCUUCCCCUCGUGAAAAUAUCAAAAAAGAUUCCCCGUCUGAUAAACAUGAUCAUUCUCAGGAUUCUAAAGAAGCGCAUCAUCACCACGGACAUCAAGGUGCGCGCAAGAAGCAUGAUCCUCACGAUCAUCAUCAACAUGGAGCGCACGCUCAUGGGGCACGUGCGAAACAUAUGCACAUCGAACGCACUGGGUCACAUGACCAUCACGGAGAACGUGAUCAUCGUGGACAUCAUGGGGCACAUGGAGGGCAUCAUGAACGCCAUGUGCCACAUGAGCCUCAGCAUCACGGUGUACGUCGUGUAUUACAGGAUCAUUACGAUUCACAGAGUGGUCUGGCGUCACACAGGGAUUCAAAGCAUGACCACGACCAUCACAAACAUUCACCCAGGGAAGGCAGGAGACACAGUCUUGUUGAGCACAGAAGAUCAUCUCUCGGAGCCCGUGUCAUUGCUCAAGAGGACAAUUUGGAGGAAGCACAAAAUUUGUACGAGUUAGCGAUUCAGUCUGUAGCAGAAGCUCACAGGCAUACGAUGCCAGGUGCUCAUGGGAGGCGGGGGUCUUUACCGGGGGAAAGGCGAGGAUCACUUCCCGGAGAAAGGAGAGGAUCUAUUUCUGCUGACAAGACAUCCCAGUUGACGCUUCCUGAUCACUUGCCUAAUCUGAGUAUGUUGGACAAGUCUGCGAUGGAAGAUCUCGAAGAGCUUCUGAAAGAAGUGCGGAUAUACAGAGACAGAAAAACUUCAGAGGAAGAGCAUGGAUAUCAUGCGCAAAGUCGUAUGCAGAGAAAGCGACUUGAACACAUCGAGGGUAUUUUAGAAAAACUCAGCAGACAUUCCGCCACCAAAUUCGACCCCAAGGAGAUGUUAUCCUGUGGUUACUUAAGAUUAUCCAAACAUAAUAUUGAAGCUCUCGAAAAUAUGAUCAAGGAAGCAGGUCAAAAUCCGGGGAUUCAUGCACAUUCUGACGUCACGAAUUACGAUAUUUGGGCAGCCAUCAAACGAGAAAAAGAGGAGGAGGAGGCUGCCGUGGCGUCAGAGAUUGACCGCUCGACUCCCACCAAGAAAAUCAAAAGUUGAUUUCAAAUAUAUAAUUAGACUACGCAUUUUAUAAAUCUUCAAAGGUGAAAUAAAUUUAUAACUUUAUAUUUUAAAAGAGUUCAAAACUUUUUCGUGCUACGAACGUUUUAUAAAUUAAGUCUUACAUGCACGUAGUUAUUAUUUAAGACUGCCUAGUAUGAUGAUAUAAAGAAAACUGUGUACUGUAAUAAGUAUUUAUUUUAUUUCAAAUAGUAUCUGGUGUUCCAAAAUUUCGUAAAAUAAAUUGAUUCUUCACCACA